AUCCUCCUAUCUGCAGUGAAACCACCAGGGGGAGUGCGCACACGUGGUAGAGAGUGGAGAUAAACCAUCAGACGCAGGACUCGUUCAUGUUUUCUUCUGCUUUACUUUCUUUAGUAUCUCUCAGUGGCAUCAAGGCAGACUUCAGCAGAACCAUGGAUGGCAGCAGGAGGCUUCAAGCACUUUUUGCAUCACUUUUUGCAGUUGUAUCCUCCAGCUUGACAUGGCGAUUCCAAAUCUUGACUUGUUCCAAAGUAAAGUGAAUUAUCCACCGACAAGUCACAGCCUUUUCUUUUUAAUCUAGCUAAUCCACUUUCGUACGGAAACAAAACUACUAGAAAUCCCAGUGAGUCACUGACUGUCCUUGACAAAGACCAGCGUGUCUUGUUUGUUUAGCUUCUGCUGGAACUGUCCUCUUUGUGACUGGGUGAGGCCUCUUACUGAAUCAGCGAUUAUGAGGCCACUGUUUGACCAGUGUUGUGGUGUUAGCAGAGAAGAGUCAAGUAGGAUUUGCACAAAGCCUGCCAACUGGUGGUUUUGUGAAGGAGAGCUCUCGAAUUUGGAGGAGACCUCAGCUUGUCCACGAGCGCUGUGUAAUUCCAGUUCGCAAGACCUCACCUCGACUCUCAGUUUUGCGGCUGCUCCACCUCUUCUCCUGAGGCAUGCACCCUCAGCGUCCUCUCCCCCAGGCUAUGCCCUCUUCUUCUCUGGGGCAGCACCUGCGAGAUGUGGCCAUGGGUUUGGGUCGAGGCAAGAAUUUCCUGGGAGGAAACGUUGCUUAUGGUUUCAUCCAGUCGGUGAAGGAGUGUCUCUACUUUCUUCUGUGCUGCUGGUGCAUCAAAGAAAUCCUGGACUGAUCAACCUUGGAAGAUGGACUUAGCCGCUAUUUUAAGGCCUGAAUUGAUAGCUGCGAUGGAUGCUCCAAUGCCUUGGACAGUUUUCAGUAUGAAACUGGCUCUGAAACGUCUGUGAUCUACUGUUCUGCUAUAAUAAAAUAUGCAUGGGG